GCUUGACUACAUGCAACCGACAGGAGUCGUCGGUUCGCUCAAUACCUCUUCUCACGAAUGCCAAAUCCUUUCACGAUUGUACAAAUUCUGGUGCACCAAUGCGGCUCUUGUUGGAUGUCCAGUAUUGCUUUCUUUCAUCAGUUUCAUGGCCGAUUCCAAGAGCGAACAACUCCAGUGACUUCUACACCGCCCAUCCACCACCGACGAUCUGCUCGACGGUUCACAAUGCAGCUCCCUCGAGUACCUCUAUGCCUAACCAAUUGAGAUUUACAGUCGUGUAAGGGGAGCUGCCAGGCACAAGGUCGGAAUCGAAUAG